CAAAAAGAAGAAAAGCUGGAAAGUGAAAUCAUACUUUCCUCUCACAGGAAGAGCAGAAAACAGGGGCAAGGAAUUUCUACACGAUGACCUCAUCUAUCUCGCAAAGAAAGUCUCAGGCUGUAGUGAGGACCAACUGAGUCCAGGGUCGAGUGACUGUGACAUUUCUCCAGCGGAGGACGACCAGGACUAUGUCCAUCUCGGCUUCUUUCUGGACCGAAGAGGGAUGUUUAAGUGCUUAAAACAAGAAGGACAACAUCACCGUGACCAUGACAAUAUGGACUAUUACUACCAACUGGAGAUAUGGAAGGGCAAUAUAAAUGGAGCAUUACGAUUGGCUAGGGAGCGAGAGGAACUCUCUGAUUGGUUGGUUUCUAUGGCACCAAUGGCAAACUUUGACUCAUGGAUAACAGUUUGUGAGGACUACGCCACUCAGCUAGAAUCAGAGGGACAGUACCACAAAGCAGUCACCUAUCUACUGGCAGCACAGAAAGUCUAUGAAGCCAUUGAACUGUUCAGGCGACACCGCCUAUUCAAGGAGGCCAUAGCCCUAGCCAAGGUGAGGUUGUCUCCCUUUGACCCUGUACUGGAGGAAUUGUACACGCUGUGGGCACAACAACUCACGAGGGACGGCAACUACGAACAGGCGGCAAAAUGUCACCUAGCGAUGAAGCAAGUACAGGAUGCUGCCCUGUUAUUGGCCAGGAGAUACAACCAAUCAAGUUUGAGGACAGCCAGUCACAUCUGUCUUGUGGCAGGAGAGAAACAGCAAGGUCUUCUGUACGCCUACAAAGUAGCCCAGCAGUACUGCCUCCAGUCGGAGUGGAAGGAAGCUUACACUUUCCUCAAGGAACAGAAGCCCUUCCAGUGUGUAACUGCGGUGACGGCCAUGCAUGAGCUACUAAUGUACGAGGUACAGAAUGUUCCACUAGACAGUGUGUCUAUAGACAAGGACAAGUUCACUCUGUGGAGCCACAUGGGAAGUUCCAAGGUGUUACUACCUGACUUCAUGUUGGACGCCAAAGAGAAUGAACCGAUAUCUCCCUGGCAGCCAUACCUAAUCGACGGCCACACCUUUCCCCACCACGUGCUGCGUAUUCUUCACUCCAGUCUCGGCGUCAGUAUGGACACCACCAAUCUAGAGGAUAUGUACAAAGCUCUUAGCGUGCUCCAUGCUGGUCGCCAGCUCCAGACUGACCUUCUACAGUUGCUGGGCCAGGUGAGUAUGGACCUGGUACUCUGUCUGUUGUCCCUGUUGAUGUCAGAGACCCCCACAGCCAUAUCCCACUUACUUCAGGCCAUCAGUCUUCUCCACGAGGCCGGCCACUACGACCUGAUGGAGCUCAUUCUCCGACUCUUCCUUCCACAAGGGCCAAAGUACUUUCUGAAGCUACAACAGGAGGUGACAGCCAUGCGGGUAGUGAUCAGUAUGGACAAUCAUAGUAAUGUAGACGGAGCCUCGAAGGUCCACACCAUCAAACGUUACCUGUCGGAGAUCAGGGAAGAUGAUACCGUAUCCAAUGCCAAUCUCCGCUGUCGAGAACUUGACUGUCUCAGAGCAUACUACUACCUGGUCAUAUUAAACUUCCUCAGAGAGAAGCUCUCUAAAACUAAGACACCAAAUGACAAAGCUGUCUGUUCUGAUUCACCCACAGUGAGGGAAGCCUCACCUGUAGCUCAUUCUGGGGGUCAAAGUUCACCUCCGGAUUCUACCAAUGUAUCUGCCACAGACCAUGUGAGGACAGAGGACUUGUGUAUGCCAGUUACGUCGGUAGCUGGUGAAGAAAUCUGUGAUAGGAUUGGAAAUCCCUGUGAAAACAAGAAUAAAGACAAUAGUGAUGAUGUGAAGGACAUGUCCAAGUGUAUGGCAGAUGGUCAAGCACAAAAUUUAACCAAUAAAAUACCUUCGAUGCCUUUGCCUCAACUUAGUGAGAAUUGUGAUAAAACUGCUCAAAAGGAAAGAGAAAACACAUCAUCUGAUGGAAGCGUUGAUAAAUCCCCAUCAACAUUGACCCUUCAAGGUCGUGAGGAGGUGGAAUCUUCUGUGUCAGACAAAAUAGAAAUUGCACAAGGUCAAGACUUUAUAAACAAAGAAGCUAGGGAAAGUUCACCAGUUGAUAAGGAAUCAGAUGUUGAUAAAAAGUGUUCAGAUAUUGUCAAGGACAAGAAUCGAGAUAUGCCAUUUUCCUUUGAUACCUGUCAGAAUGAUUCACCCACGUACCAUUUAACCUUGCCCCUGCUAUCCCACCUGGCUAGAGGCCUUUUGUGGGACAUGCAGGGAAAGAGGUUUGCCCUCACAGAGACACUGGGCUACAUUCAUAAAGCCAUAUCUCAACUCCUACUAGCUCAGAAACCUAGUGCUCUGCCAGGAGGUCAGAAUGAGGCUUUAGCCAUUGGACAACUGGCAAUGGUGAGAGACAGACAUAAUAACGGUCAUUCAGACUCGGACAGUGUUAUAAACCACCGCUCACUCUCUGAUACUGCUUCGGCUGCUCCACUCUCUCCAGAGCCUCCUAGACCAGAUGGAGGAUCACCUAAGAAACGUCACAACAGUGAACCAGUCCUAGAAAGAUCUGUGUCUAAUACAACAGCAAGUGUCUCUUGUCCGUUCCACGGUAGUGCUAUGUUUGCUCGAUCUGUUUCCAUUGAUAGUGGUGCUGCUGACAUCAAUGUGCCACUACACGAACAUUUAGGUUCUCUUGACCUUGACCUUGAUCCUGCCUCUGACAGUGCAUUCAGCAUCUGUUCAUCGUGUGAGUGGCUGACAAAGUCACGGAAGGUUCUAUGGGAGGAUGAGCCUCACCCACAUUCACAUCACGGCGCAGAGCAUCAGGGUCAUCACGGGAAAGGGAAGAUCACCAGCAUUGUAAAUCCAGCCAAGUACAUCAACGUUCCAGAUGAGUGGUACAACACUGCCGCUGACCAGAAGUACUGCAUGCCCUACGUCACCAUGGCUAUCCUGAAGGACGAACAGGAGUAUGUGAUGCGUGAACUAAAGCGAGGCCCAGACGCCCUACAGAUGCCGUUCCCUAACCCCCUGGAGUCAGUCAAGCUGAUAUUGGAAGUCAGUUGUAAAAGUGCCUUCCUCAGUGUCACUGAGAAACACCAGUUCGCUGAGAAGGUGGUUUCCUGGGGAAUGAAGUUUUCAGUAUCAUCACAGCAAAAAGAAGCUCUCAUGGACUCGAUGCAUAGGACAUUGAUCCACGAAUAAACUUCGAACACCUGCAGUGUAAAUGGAUUUGUCAGUUUCAGGGUCUAUAUGUAACAUGUAGUACUGUAAGGAUAAAAGGUCAUAGUAAAUACAGAGCCCAUCCCAUGUUAGACAUAGUUUAACUAUCGAUGAUGAAUGUUUAGUGGAUGUAACCCUCUCGGAUACAUAUCUAGUCCCCACAUGCAGAUGUACUUCUCAUAAUGCAUACUUUCAGAAAGUUUCAUAAUGCAACAAGACAACUCAAAUUCACAAAAAUCCCUGUCUUUUAGUCACUGAAAAUUUUUAAUUUCUGUAUCUCAUAUCACUGUGAUAAUGUCAUUUCAGUUUAUAGAUAAUUCAAUGUUUAAAAUGUUUUCCAACUCUGUUGCCAAAAAUGUUCAAAAAAUCUGACUAUGGAUCCUCAGGCUGAGGGUCAUAUCGCAUUAAAACACACAUUCCUGGCUUUGAUUAUCGUGACAAUCCCGUACAAUAUAACUAUACAAACCAUUGUUUCCAAGUCUGUUGAGGACAACAUUUGAUGAAUUGUACCAUCAUGCCUUAUUCUAAACUCCUUGGAAAGCAUUAAUUCAAAUUAUCAUAUGAAAACUGUAUAAAAGUGUCAUUGUGAGACAUGCUGUGUGGAUUGUCUUUCGUAGGAGGUCCGAUACAGUAUUAGGUUUCCAUUGCCAAAAAAUAAUACCUUGGGAAGGACGUGCAUAUUGUAAAGAAUGACAAAGUCGUCAUUCUCACCACCAGCAUGGUAGUACUACCCCAAGUACUCUCAAAUCUCAAUAUACCUUAAUGUUGUCAUGUAUUUAUGAACAAGAAAUCAAAAUAUCAGAAAAAGGUAGCAUUGAAGAUCUGUUUAGUUUGUGGUGAACAACCCUGCAUGGAGAGUCGGGCCAUUUCAUUUGAAAUUUGUGUGUGUGUGACUGCAUGGUUUUUUUUCCCUAAUACUGUUAAAGGGAAAUGUUUACAACGUUUAUUUUUCACAAUUUUUUGUCUUUGAACAAAUUGGUCGAGUACAUGUAUCAUUUCUACACCAUACCUUUCAUACCUGUAAUAUCUGCAAGAGUUAUCUCACCAUUUUUUAAUCAGUUUUCAUGAUUAUAUAAAAACUGUUCCAAAUUACUUGAUUAACUUUUUCAGCAUGAAAUCUCCACAACACAUGUCCUGGUAAUAAAGCAUAUACUUUUAGAGCUAUUUUUUUAUAUAGAUUAUUUUUAAAUUGUUGAAAUAAGUGCUAUAGAAAUUUAACUUUAAUAAGUACAGAAGUAAGAUAUCAUUUUGUACAUCUAAUGUAUAUGGCAAUAUCAAGGAAUUUUGAGAUGUAAACAAAUAUCAAUAUGCAUUUAUUACAACACAAUCUCAAAAUUGUCUUUUUUCAUUGUUUGUGACUGUUUGUCUUUUUUCAUUGUUUGUGACUGUUUGUCCAACUGCAGAGAUAUUAUCUAGGUCAAGGUCAUUAUAAGGUCACACAGUCAUUAUAAAUUUGUCUGGUGACCUUUUACUAUACAUAUCGGUCAGCAGUGGUGGAAGGAUAGGAAUGAUAUGACAAUUGUUGAAGGUGACAUUGAAAAUGUAAGACUGUAUGGUACAGUCAAGGUUUAUCGUAGUUUAAAGUCUGACUGUCCAGUUAACGGGUCACGUAUAUAAAUGACAGUACAGGAAUCAGAUCACUUUUAUUAGUCCCCUACCGGUGGAUCAAGGGGGACUAUAGUUUUCCUCCCCAUCUGUCUGUCAGUCUGUCCACUCAGUUUUCCACACUUUUCUCAGCCAUCCUCCCCAUCUGUCAGUCCGUCUGUCAGUCUGUCCACUCAGUUUUCCACACUUUUCUCAGCCAUCCUCCCCAUCUUGUCAGUCCAUCUGUCAGUCUGUCCACUCAGUUUUCCACACUUUUCUCAGCCAUCCUCCCCAUCUGUCAGUCCGUCUGUCAGUCUGUCCACUCAGUUUUCCACACUUUUGUCAGCCAUCCUCCCCAUCUGUCAGUCCGUCUGUCAGUCUGUCCACUCAGCUUUCCACACUUUUCUCAGCCAUCCUCCCCAUCUGUCUGUCCGUCUGUCAGUCUGUCCACUCAGUUUUCCACACUUUUCUCAGCCAUCCUCCCCAUCUGUCAGUCCGUCUGUCAGUCUGUCCACUCAGUUUUCCACACUUUUCUCAGCCAUCCUCCCCAUCUGUCUGUCCGUCUGUCAGUCUGUCCACUCAGUUUUCCACACUUUUCUCAGCCAUACUUAAAGAUAUGUUGGUGGAAGUCGGUAUGUAACAGUAGUAAGUGUAGCUACAGAUCAAGCUGGAGUUUCAGGGUUUUUGGGUCAAGGUCAAGGUCACAUACUAGGGGCAUUGUUAUCUUCUGUUUUAACUGCUUUAACUCAACUGAAAAUUUCUCUGAAAUUGAACAUUCCAAAGCAUGAAUUGUCACGAAUAUCUUAAGCAACACAAAAUCAAUCAUUGAAAAGCAGAUACUGUGUAUGAUAAUAUGUUGUAGUUUUCAUGACCUUGUCAAAAUGAAAUAUUCAAUUCAAACUUCAAAUGACUUGGUAGAUAUAGGAGGGCAGUUUGACAUAUAUAGGGCAUUACUAGUGUAUACUAAUAAGUGUACUUCAAAUCUGUAGAAUUGUUACCUUAGACUAUAAACAUCUGCCAAGUUCAUACUUAAAACAGAGCUCGGUAGUUACACAUAAAAUGUGUUGAAAUGUUAAUUAAUAUUACUUCACAGUUAUCAAAGGAAUGUAUACAGUAAUAAUUAAGUUUGUUAUAAUGUUAUAAUGUUAUAAUUGUACUAGGGUGCUGAUAAUUGGCAAUAGAGUCCCUCUGGGGUUAAACUAUCCCCUGCCAGAGUAAAACCGAAAGAUU